AUGCAUCAGACAAUUCAUACUCAAGAGAAGGCCUGCAAAUGUAAAGAAUGUGUCAAAGCCAUUAGCCAUUUCUCAACCCUUUCUGAACAUCUGACUUGGAAGAACAGUGACAAACUCUACAAAUGUAAAGAAUGUGACAAAGUUGUUUAUCAAAGCUCACUUGAUACUAAACACCAGAGAAUUCAUCCUGGAGAGCGAGACUACUGUUGUAAAGGAUCUGAGAAAUCCAAAUCCUUAAAGAAUUCUUCAAACCCUUCUCAAUAUCAAAAGAGUGAUAGUGAAAAUAAGUCCUACAAAUGUAAAGAAUGCAACAAAACCUUUAAUAAAAUCCAAAAUCUUACUCGUCACCAAAAAAUUCAUACUGGACAGAUGCGCUACAAAUGUAAAGAAUGUGAGAAAGAUUUUUAUCAAAAAUCACACCUUGUUGAUCACCAGAGAAGUCAUACUGGAGAAAAGCCCUACAGAUGUGAAGAAUGUGGCAGAGCUUUUUAUCGAAGGUCACACCUUAUUAGCCACCAGAGAAUUCAUACUGGAGAGAAGCCUUACAAAUGUGAAGAAUGUGACAAAGCUUUUUAUCGAAGGUCACAUCUUACUUACCAUCAGAAAAUUCAUACUGGAAAGAAGUCCUACAAAUGUGAAGAAUGGUGCAGAACGUUUAAUGAAAAAACAUCACUUACUAAACACCAGACUCUGAAUUCUGGAGAGAAGCCCUACAAAUGUUUAGAAUGUGAUAGAGCUUUUUUUCAAAGAUCACACCUUGUCAGCCACCAGAGAAUUCAUACUGGAGAGAAGNNNNACAAAUGUGAAGAAUGUGCCAAAGCUUUUUAUCAAAGAUCACACCUUGUUAACCACCAGAGAAUUCACACUGGAGAGAAGCCCUACAAAUGUGAAGAAUGUGGCAAAGCUUUUACUCAAAAAUCACACUUUAGAUGCCAUCAUAGAAUUCAUAGUGGAGAGAAUCCCUACAAAUGUGAAAAGUGUGAUGAAGCUUUUAUUGAAACAAAAUCACUUACUCAACAUCAGAGUAUUCAUAGAGGAGAGAAGUCCUACAAAUGUGAAGAAUGUGGCAAAGCUUUUUAUCGACAAUCACACCUUAUUUGCCACCAGAGAAUCCAUACUGGAGAGAAGCCCUACAAAUGUGAAGAAUGUGGAAAAGCUUUUUAUCGAAGAUCACACCUUGUUUAUCACCAGAGAACUCAUACUGGAAAUAAGCCCUACAAAUGUGAACAAUGUGACAAAGCUUUUUAUCAAAGAUCACACCUUGUUGGUCACCAGGUAAUUCAUACUGGAGAGAAGCCCUACAAAUGUGAACAAUGUGGCAAAGCUUUUUAUCGAAGAUCACACCUUAUUAGCCACCAGAGAAUUCAUACUGGAAAGAAGCCCUACAAAUGUGAAGAAGGGUGCAGAACUUUUAAUGAGAGAACAUCACUCACUCAACACCAGACUAUGCAUCCUGGAGAGAAGCCCUACAAAUGCAAAGAAUGUGACAAAGCUUUCUUUCAAAGAUCACACCUUGUUAGCCACCAGAGGAUUCAUACUGGAGAGAAGCCCUACAAAUGUGAACAAUGUGGCAAAGCUUUUUAUCGACGAUCACACCUUAUUAGCCACCAAAUAAUUCAUACAGGAGAAAAGCCCUACAAAUGUGAACAAUGUUGCAAAGCUUUUUAUCGAAAAUCAUACCUUAUUUGCCACCAGAGAAUUCAUACUGGAGAGAAGCCUUACAAGUGUGGAGAAUGUGACAAAGCUUUUAUUGAAAGAAAAUCACUUACUCAACAUCAGAGUAUUCAUACUGGAAAUAAACCAUACAAAUGUGAAGAAUGUGACAAAGCUUUCAUUCAAAGAGCUCACCUUGUUAGCCACCAGAAAAUUCAUACUGGAGAGAAGCCUUAUAAAUGUGAAGAAUGUGGCAAAGCUUUUUAUCAAAAAUCAAACCUUUGUAGUCACCAGAGAAUUCAUACUGGAAAGAAACCCUACAAAUGUGAGGAAUGUGGCAAAGCUUUUUAUCAAAGAUCACACCUUGUUUACCACCAGAGAAUUCAUACUGGAGUGAAGCCAUACAAAUGUGAGGAAUGUGGCAAAGCUUUUCAUCGAAGAUCACAUGUUACUAGCCACCAAAGAGUACAUAAAGGAGGAAAGUCCUGCAUUGAAGAAUGUUGAAAAGCUUUAAAUGAAAGAGUAUCACAUACUCUACACCAGAGUAUCCAUACUAAGCAGGAGCCCUACAAAUGUGAAAAUGUAAGAAACAGUUUUAUCACAGAUCACACCUUUUUAAUCACCAGAGAAUCUUGCUGGAGAAAAGGCCUAGACGUGGAGAAUGUGGAAAAGCCUUUUAUUGAAGAUCACACCUUAUUUGCCAUCAGAUAAUUCAUGCUAUAGACAAGCCAUAAAAAUAUAAAGAAUAUGGCAAAGCUUUUUGAUGAAGAUCACACCUUAUUUGCUACCAGAAUUCAUAUUGGAGAAAAGCUCUACAAUGUGAAGACUAUGGCAGAGCCUUUUUAUCAAAGAUCACACAUUAUUUCCACCAGAGUAUCAUAAUGGAGAGAAACCCUGCAAAUGUAAGGAAUGCAACAAAGCUUUUAUUUGAUCACCACAGUAUUUGUGCUGGAGGGAAGCCCUACAUAUGAGAACAACAUGGCACAGCUUUUAAUCAAAUAUUAGAGGUUCUUGAUAUGAAGAGAAACUCUACUAAUUAGUGUAUUGUACCAAUUAUUUUAGGAAUGGUUCAACCCGUAUUCCACACCAUAAGAAUCAUAGCAGAGAGAAAUUAUUCAAAUGUAAAAAAAAUGUGACCAUCUCCCAACAAUCACAAUUUACUAAGCAACUGAGAAUACAUACUUGUGAAAAAAAGUAUAAGUGAAAAAUGAUUGCAAAUCUCAUAGCUAAUCUCAAACAUUACUAAAGACUGGAAAUUCAUAUUUUGUAAAUUAAAAUACUGUUUCCAAGCCUUUAUUCAAAUCUUCAAUUUUCUUAAGCAUCUAAAACCUAAU